CCGAGAUCUUGAACAUAUUAUUUCAUGGUAAUAUUUGUUCUCGUUCGACCCGAAAUUCUUUAUUUUAUGUCGUUUUUACGCUAGAUUUUCAUCAUGGCGGGUGUACAAGUAAAAGAGGGAGAAUACACAACCACAAUUUAUGGGCUGGUGAGUGGUUUUUACCUGAAAUGUAUCUUACUGAAAUGAUGGCCUGUUGUUUAUAGCGGUUGCUCGGGAACAAACAUAAUUUUGUAAAUAUUGGUGGGAACAGUGAAAAUUCAACCAACUUAAUCCAUAUUCUUUCGAGUAGCGGACUUUGUGAUAAUAGUUUGGUAAUAGAGAAAAAAAACCCACACCAAAUCAUAUGCAUUCGUCCUAAUAAAAAGCGGAGAAGAUCGAUAUGUUCAACAACUUUCAAGUCUUUUCUCUGUGAUCAUACAUGUACAAUCUACUCCCGCUGCAGAACGCCGAAAAUGUUUAACAUUUGCUGAUGCUACAUGUAUCUAUUGUUGAAUUUAGGAUGUAAUUAAGAGGGGGGUUGUUAUCGUCAGUUUUCCAUGAAAGAUCAACAAUUGGAGUAAGGAUUUCCUCUCUACUUACUGUAUAUUGCUUCUGUGGCCUGGUCUUAGCUUCUGUGGCCUGGUCUUUGCUUCUGUGGCCUGGUCUUAGCUUCUGGCCUCUUUCAUUCGUUUGAAUAGAGUGCAUAAGUCACUUGCACCAUAGCUUUUGAAAGGGUAAAUAACAUUAUCCAUAAAAUAAACGAAAUAUGACCUGUUAGUCUCAGCAACACAAAUUCCUGCUCAUCCUUCAAGUAUUGAUAUGAAUAUCUGCAGAUGAUGUUAUCGACAUUUCAGACAACAAGACAGUGCCUGGUAGAUGAUGAAGUGUCAUGUUUACCUUCACUUGUCCAAUCAGCAAUAUUUUGUUGGGUCCCAGCUGUUUGAAAGACAGAGAUCAUUAUUCACCAAUGACAUUUUGCUAUAUUUUGUGUGGCAGAUAAAAAACCAAAAGUUCCAUGAAGCAAUACAAAUUCUGUCACAGGAGCUGGAAAAUCAUCCAAAGGUAUACUUCUGUUACUGAAACAGUAAGCUUUUAAUGAUGUUUUAUUCAUAUACUUUAAUUGGAUCUAUCAUUCAUGCAUUGCAUUCUCUUGAUUAAAUUUCAGUCAAGAGCAGCCCUUUCACUGCUAGGAUACUGCUACUUUCAGGUUCAAAGCUUUGAUGCAGCUGCUGACUGGUGAGUACUCAGCCAAGUUCUUCUAUUUCUUAAACCACCAGCUGUUCUUAAAUGCCAAUUUUAGACUAAGGUGCUAAUGGGUGGAAACAGAAUUCAUGCACAAUAUUGAUAACAGGGUCAAUAAAGUAUAAAGUGAUUGAGUUUUCUCUUUUGUUAUUGUGGUGGAUGUUAUUUUACUCAAGUGACGUCAUAAGUAUUGAAGUGCUAUCGGUAAGAGGCCUGAAGGGCUAGUCAAUCAAAAGACUGUACUUAAAAGAUUAUGAAACAGUUUUUUGUUGUAACAUUAAUUAGAUCUAUGGAACUGCUGUCACCCUUUGAAAACAUGGACACAGUCUUUAAAACCUUCAAAAGAAUUACACUUCGUCCAAUACCUGGGUGUAUUGUCUAAGUCUCACUCCAUUGAAGUAAUAAGCCUUUUUUUAUGUCCUACCACUGAUGUUAAUUGUGAUAUUUUUACAAUGUUUGACUGGUCUUCAUUUUGCAGUCAUAGUUACUAGUAAGGUUGAAUCUUGUUGUUUAUAGCUAUGGCCAACUGACACAGAUUCAUCCAGAGGUUGAUGAAUACAAAAUGGCUUAUGCUCAGGUUUGUGUUACUGACAUUGAAGCAUGAUGUAAGUUUGGUGGACUGAAGUUAUAGAUGUCCAAGUUUGUUGGGUAGCAUAAUUGAUUUAAUCAUUAUACAGUCACAAAAGUUCUAGAAACUUAUCUGUCAAAAAUAAAUUUUGUAUUUCUUUUGCAGGCAUUAUAUAAAGCAUUUAUGUAUCCAGAGGCAAUGAAAGCAACAUUUCAAAUUGAAAAUCCUACAUAUCAUGCAAAGGUACCUGAUAUUGUCUCCUUGUAACCUUUCACACCCUAAGAUCAGUAUGCAUAUUCCCCAUGCAGUUGUCUUUAGAUUUUCUGUGGUACUGACAAGAUGAAAUUGUUUAACAAUCAAGAACUUCUCUAACUGGUGAUGAUUUUCUUUUAUUGUCAUGACCUUAACGUGUGAUUCAGGGGUGAUAUUGUAAGGAGAAGUAAGAUGUUAGUCACUUUUAGGGGUUAAAGGGUUAAAGAGCCAAGUUAAAUUUAAGAUCUUUAGAAGUCUGCAAGAAUAACAUGUUUUUGUUCUUGUGGGGUAACUAUUGUCACUGUGGCUAAAUUUAUACAAUUUCAAGUUGAAAAAGUGCUAUGUAGUAGUAAAAUUUGAUAUAAUUCUGUCAUGACUUUAUUUUUUGUAUCGCAGUAGUGUUUUACAUGUUUGUGGUAAUUAUUUCUCCCCCUACAGGUACUGAAGCUCCAGGCAGCUAUCAAAUAUGGAGAAGAGGAUCUGCAGGGGGCAAAGGUGAAGCACAGCAGCAUUAAAUUAAUAACAAACUUUUUUGUAACACAGACAGUUAUCCACAUCUCUCAAACCCUAAUUGAAUAUUAGGCUAAAACUUAUCCUAAUCAAGUCACAAAAUGACUUUGAGUCUAUUGAUUAUCCUUAGAGGAGGUGCAGGUAAAUAUUGAUUUAUCACUGAUAAUUUGUGAAAAUAUUUUAGUCAUAAAAUGAUCAUGGAACAUGUAUUUUUAUUCCAGAGUAUGGUGGAGCAGUGUGCUGCAGAUGAUCCUGACACUGAAAUCAAUCUUGGAUGUCUUCUCUACAAGGUAAUGACAUAUUUGGAAUGUACUUUAUGCUUGAAAUUAUGAACGCAUUGUUCAGUGCAUCUUUUGAUAACUAGUGAAAAGUACUGACAUACAUUCAAACCCUAAGCUGUAAUCCUAUUCCUAAGGCAAUGUCUCUUGCCUAAAGCUGAGCCUCACCACUUGUCUGUCCAUUGUUAAAUUUUUUAGGAGGGAAGGUAUUCAGAGGCAUGCCAAAAGUUUCAGACAGCAAUGAAUAUUCUUGGAUAUCAACCAGGUAGGAAAUCUCUCAUGACUUCAAAUAUCAAAUGCAAGUUUUAGUUCUCUUGGGGUAGGGGGGAGAUAUAAGUCAAGUUUUUAAGGACAGUUGUAAUUUAAUUUAUUUGUAAUGUAAACGUUAUUUUCUGAACUUGAAAUAGAACUUUAAAGGAUUGCCACGAUGACCUCCUCUAUUACUGUUGAACAGACUGUUGCUUUCAUUGUUUUUCCUCUGUAGGGCAGGAAACCCUUCUGUUGUUUAAUUGGCGAACAAUUUAAGAUCCAUACUGUCCUCUCAUGUGAUUAUCACUUGUCUCUUUUCAGAUUUGUCGUACAACAUAGCCCUAUGUUUUUACAGCUUGAAGCAAUAUGCACCUGCGUUGAAGCACAUUGCUGACAUUAUUGAACGUGGAAUCAGAGAGCAUCCAGGUUGGACAAACAAUAUCUCUUUCAAACUCAUUUUUGCUGCAUUAUAAGGAACUUUAUGUAAUAAUUAUUGGCAGUUGAACUCUUGGCUGACAUUUCCAAUUGUUUACUUGUUUCAUACUUAUCAUGACCAUUUUGUUUAUAAGAAUAUUUUUUAUGUAUUUGUGCUGAUCUAACAUUUCAGAACUAAGUGUCGGGAUGACUACAGAGGGUAUUGAAGUCAGAAGUGUGGGGAACACCAAGGUGAAAUCAUGUUUAGAUUCUACAUCUAGUUUAUAUACAAUGAUAGAACUUUUUUGUGUAUUUUUGAUAGUUAUAGAUGGGGACAAAAGAAUCAUUUUUUGUUGGGGAAGGGGGUGGUUGGUUGUAUCUUUUCUUUGGGGAGACUGGGGUAGAUGGUAAGAUUGAUGCAUUGGUUUGAAGGGCAUAAGAGAGUAAGUUGCCUGGAGACAACAUCAUUAAACAUUUCAGUCCUAAGAUCUAAGGAUCAAUUCUGAGUACUCUCUGACAAAUAUUUGCGAUGGUUUCAGCAGCUCUAAAAUUUGGUGUUAAAUCAGACAAUAUUUUGAUCUGACUUGCUUUUCAUUGCACCUUAUGACUUGAAAAUGUUUCAGAAAUUUAAGGAUGAAUUUCUUUUUGGUCACGUCAGAGAGCAAAAGUGGGAAAUGAUACAUUUAUACCAACUCUCCUGAAUUAUCCGGGAGUCUCCUGGAUACAGGACCAAUCUCCCGCUCUCCUGUAUGGGUGACCAAAACUUCCACUUAAAAGGAAGUUUGGAUCAGUUGCCCGCAAAAAAACUAAGAUUUAAGCUCUAUAUGUUCCAAAAUUCCAAAAUUAUCUGGCUUAUGCUUGCAUUACAGUUUCUGGCUUCAUUUUCCUGUGUGAAUGCACAUUAUUUGUUGCAAACAAAAAGAAGAGAGUUUCUUCUUUGUUACUCCUAUAAAAAUGAGAGUCUGAUUGGAUGAGUAUUCAACCAAUUGAAGUCCCUGACAGAUAGAUUGACGUUUUUCCCACAAAAUUGCUUGUGGGGAGGGGGGGAGGGGGGGUCCAAAUCAAAAAAGAACUGGGGGGGAGGGUACUGGUCCAAAAAAAAAUCUCCAGAUUUGAGAUCUCCAGAGGUUGGCAUCUCUGAUGAUAUAAUUUGUUUGAACACAAUUUGCCCACUAUCUUGUAAUUAUAAUAUUCAUAUUUCAUUAUAAUAUCAUUUUUUAAUAAUGUUUUGCCCCAAUUACAGGUGUUACACGAAACAGCUUUGAUUGAAGCAUUCAAUCUUAAAGCAGGGAUUGAAUACCAGCUGAAAAACUGUAAGCUUCUUGUCAUCUUUACUGGCAGUCUGAAAAUUUUUGUCAUCACAGAAAUGAGCUGUGUGAUGUUGAAAAUUAAUUUUAAAGUGAUUCACCCUGCAAAUUUUUUGUGGUUUGAUUGAAUGGGGGUGCCACAUAAUAAACUAGUUACAAUGUAUAAUGUUGUAAAGAGUGCACUAACUGAUUAUGAAUGAUGGCUAAUUUUUGUUGACUGUUGAUUUUAUUGCAGUUGACUCUGCACAGGAAGCCCUCACUGAUAUGCCUCCAAGAGCAGAAGAGGUUAGUGCAAUGUUUUCAUAUACUUUACUUAGGAAUGAUAUUUUUUAGACCCCUCUAGCAUGGAAAUGAUUAAUGGGAUAAGAGAGAGAAAACUUUACUUGAGUUUAAAACAGUUUGAAAUGAGUUAUUAGUAAAAAUGUUUAUUAAUAUUAGGUUUGGCUGAAACUUAUUUCACAUCAAGUUGUAGGUAAUAUUUUGGUCUGAUGUAUUUUAAUUUGGAAAAUCCUCUGACAUCUAUAGAUCUGAGCUACAAUGUAGGUUAAAAUUUGUUUCUGCUAUGUACAACAAACUUAAUUGUGGCUUAGAAAAAUGUGUGCUUAACUCUACUGACAAUUUCUUUAUACAAUUUCAAGGAACUGGACCCAGUAACUUUGCACAACCAAGCACUUAUGAACAUGGAGGCCAACCCAACUCAGGUGAAAUGUUUUUCAGAAUUUGGUAGUGUACAUGUAAGUUUUUAUGAACGAAUUGGAGCAGUUCUUCUUUCUGUCCAUAAAUGGUUCUAUAGAAAUCAGAACAUGUUUGGAGAGGUGAGUGGUCGGUUUGGGUUUGGAAAGAACCAUGAUAAUUCCAUUUUCAUGUUUUUUGCAAUACUGCAAACAAUAGUGGUGUACAGUAUAACUAUAAUUUCCUGUAAUGGCAAACCAUCUCAAUCAUGUAUACAAUCAUUCUUAUUACUUGUUUUCUUUCCUAGGGCUUUGAAAAGUUACAGUUUUUGUUACAGCAAAAUCCAUUUCCUCCAGGUUAGUUUUGACAUAACUGAGAAAUAAAAGUUUUGGGACUUACGGAAAUUUUUUCAGUUGGAAUUUGAAUGUUUACUACUAUCUCACUUAGUUAAUCCCAUUGUAAUUUAAUGAUGUAGUGUUUAUUGUUGACUAAAACUUGUACUUUGUUUUAAAUAUUUGAUUUGAGUUUGCUGUGUCCUUUAGAUUCCAGUGCUUGUAUUUUGAAACUCUAGUAUCACUGAGAUUAAUAUCACCAAUAAGUUAUGAUCUGUAAACAACAUUAUAACUACACAAUACUGUUUCCAUCCUUAAAAGCACAGUGUUCUUAUUUUAAAAAUGUAAUAUAUUUAUCUUUCUGGUGUUGUAGAAACAUUUGGAAAUCUUUUGUUAUUAUAUGUGAAAUACCAGGUAAGAGUACUUUUUUUUUGGAUAUCUGAAGAGAGUUAGAUUUCUGAUUUAUUUGAGGAGGACUCAGAACAGGUCAAACAGAUAGGUGGACAGUCAGACAGGCAAACAGUCAAACAGACAAACUGAUCAGCAGAUAGACACACACAGGUGGGAGGUGCAUGGAGUAUUCUACAAAACGGUCAUAAUGUGACAGGUUGGACCAGUGUUGUUUGACAUAUCAUGGUCCCCCAGUCAUAUUUUAAUUACACUAACUUGUAUACUCUCUCUUAACUUAAAAUACUUUGCUUUUUCUCUCUGUAGUAUUUUGACCUGGCAGCUGAUGUGUUGGCAGAGAAUGCUCAUUUGACAUAUAAGUUUCUCACCCCAGUAAGUGAAUUAAUUUUUCUUCAUUUUGGUGCCCUGUCUUUCUUCCAAACCUCAACAUGGCUUCUACCAUUGUUUCUACAUUAAUUAAACAUUUAUUGAUUAAUUAUUGGCUUUCUUCACUCUUUGAAAAACCUAAAUGUUUGUCAAUCUGAGAAAAGCACAUAUAAUUUACUCUACUAUUACUACUUGAGACACACUUCCUAUCUUGGUGCAGCUCCCUGAGUAAAUCCUGCUGUUUCAAUAAAGAAUUACUAUGUGGUCAUUUUGUUGUUUGCCUCUCCCUGACAGUAUAUGUAUGACUUUCUGGAUGCUAUGAUUACACAGCAAACAUCUCCAGAAGAGGUUGGUAUCAUAAGCAUUAUUUAACCACAUAUUUGGAGGGCAGCCAUGAAACAAAACCCUGAAUCCUUUCAAAGAGUGUCUUAGCACUUACCCAUGAGCUUUUGGCCCAACAUGAACAUGGCAAGGGGUCUGUGAUGUAUUGACUGAAUCCCUUUGUAUUCAUUUUUCAUGAUUUGAUAGCUUAAGUUAACUUACUGAACUUAUCCUGUUAUUGAUUUGGGUUUUUUUUUCCAGGCAUAUCGCAAAUUAGAUGAUAUGGCUACAAAACAGACAGAAACUUUAAGAAAACUGACAAAACAGGUUAGUGAUAUAAAAAGCUGUUUGAUCUCAUGUUAAUAAUAUUACAAGUAAUAAGUAUGAUUAUAAAGGAAAGUUUGAUUUCCCUGUGAGGACUCUAAGUUCUCCAGCCUUGAGAUUGGGAGUAGCUUGCUGUGGUAAGAGAAUCAGCCUUUCACUGCUUAGCAUAGUUUUGAUUCCCAGAUGUGACUAAAAAUGUUGGUUUCAUGUAAAGUUUUUUGUCAUCCUUAUGGUUAGUAAGAGUUUUUAGGUGCUUCCCCCUUUAAAAAACACAUUCCAAAUCCCAACUAAAUUAAUAGACAAACUCAAAGUUAUUUAAUGUUUGUGUAACUAUUUGUGCUGUGUUGUUUGUGCAUUGUUUUAUAAAGGUUCAGGAAGCAAGGCAGAACCAUGAUGAUGACACUGUGAAGAAAGCUGUCAAUGAAUAUGAUGAGGCAUUGGAAAGGUACAUGUACAUAAUAAAUCAUCGUUUUUGCCUAUUUUUGCAUUGUUUUCGUUGGCUGCUAUUUGGUCCUUCACACAGUGUUGUUGUAUUAGUGUUUGGAAAUAUAUUUGUAAAGAUAGUUUUCUUCUACUCAUGGAGCUAUAUAGUUUUGCUUUCCACUUCUGUUCAGAAGCAUGAGAGAAUUUUUCUAAGGUGUACAUUGGCCAAAAACUUGUAAUUUGUUUUGUUAUAGGUACAUCCCUGUGUUAAUGUCUCAAGCUAAGAUCUACUGGGAUCGUGAUAAUUAUGCACAAGUCGAAAAGGUAAGAGUGAAUUAUGGCCCAACAAGUACAGUUGUUGACUGACAAGCGUCAUGUGUAGGUCACAUGGCAUGGCGGAUAGGGCAGUGGUCUAGUGAUCUUUGACUCCACUCCUCCACCAUUUUACUCAUCGGAUUUGUCCUCCAUUGCCUGAUUCAACUUCCUGCUUUAGCUUUGUCAGUAGCCACUUGAUCUCCCUCUUUGCCAAUUGGAAGUACAAAUUGAUCUAUGCUUACUUGGAAUUUUUAUGCUGUUGAACUGGUUCACAUCGCUUUCAAAAAGCCCCUUCAGGGGUGUGGAAAAUAAACUUACUCUUACAUGUAGGUGCCAUAUUUUAUGGGGAGCUAGGUAUGAUGUGAUCAUUUGGAUACUGUGGUAAAUGUUAUAUAAUACCAAGGCAUAAUUUAAAGGAGAUUCAUCACCAUAUCAGCAUCUUGACAGAGUUUAGCUUAACCCUUUAACCCCUAAGAGUGACUGGCAUCUAAUUUCCCCUUACAAUAUCACCACUGAAUCACACAUUAAUGUCAUGAGAAUAAAGGAAAUGAUCACCAACAGAACAAACUCUUGAUUGUUAGACAAAUUCUCCUUGUCAGCACCUUAGUAAAUGUACAGAGAACAGUAUGGAAAAUAUGUAUACUGAUGCAAGGCUGUAAAGGGGUUAAGUCUACCAAGUCUGUAAUUUCCAAUUUGUUUUAAUCUUCUCCAUCCUUAGCCAUCCCCUUUUUAUUACCUCUUUGGUGAUUUCCGUUUGAUCAAACUAUCAUUAAUGGUCCCUCUCUAGUUUAAAGUUUAGUCUUGUAAGUUGAUUAAAACGUCUCAUACAUCGUGAUUUCCAGCUGUAGCCCCUUAAGGUAAGGUGAAAACCCAAAUCAGAAGCAAAGUCGUUCUGAUAGGACUGUAUGUUGUCACUGAAAAGAUUAACAAAAGAGACUUUAUUGAUUAAAUUUUGAUUAUCUUUGCUUCAUCUGCAGAUAUUUAGGAAGUCUGUGGAGUUUUGUAAUGAGCACGAAGUUUGGAAACUAAACGUUGCUCACGUGCUAUUCAUGCAGGUAAAGUACUUUAGGUUCCACAUGCAGAAUUAAGAAUUUCAUAAAGAGGAGAACUCUACAAAAGUCUAUUAAAUAUUCCAACUGAUAGGAGGCCGACAUACACUGUAAUUUGAAAAUUAAGGUAGAGGUGUUUUUUUCUCUCGUCGACAGGAAAAUAAAUAUAAGGAAGCCGUGGGAUUUUAUGAACCGAUUGUGAAGAAACAUUACGAUAAUGUAAGUAUUGUUAUUAAAAAAUUGCCAGUGAUAAACAAUGCUGAUUAAAGUUCCCCGAAACUUAAUAAAUAAUUUUUGAGGUGAACAUUUCUGGAGUCUUGUUGACCUCAUUCUCUGAUCCUACGACAGGCCUUCGCUUGAUUUAGAGAGAGUUUUAGUCUCUGUCAACUUAACCCCUUAUUAUUAUUAUUUUUUUUAUCUUUUUUUUACGUUUAGAUUCUGAGUGUGAGCGCCAUAGUGCUGGCAAAUCUUUGCGUGUCAUACAUUAUGACCAGUGCGAAUGAAGAGGUUUGUUUUUGUUUUUUCCAUCGUCGUCUUUGUUGUUGUUGUUGUUGUUGUUGUUGUAUUUUGCUCCAAGCAUCUGUCAAAUUACAAUUGCGUAAGUUGUUCUUUUUUGUUCUCUUACAGGCAGAGGAACUAAUGAGAAAGAUUGAGAAGGAAGAGGUAAGAUUUGAAAAUGAGUAGUCUUGUUUGAGCUGAUAUUCGAAGGAACUUUCAUUUAGAGUGUCUUCAUUUACUUUUCUCUUUUUCAGGAACAAGUGGCCUAUGAUGAUCCAGAGAAGAAGAUUUAUCAUCUCUGUAUAGUUAAUCUUGUUAUUGGGUGAGUUCAAGUUUGAUUGUCUUAAAUAACCCCGGGUAACGGUGCUUUGGUCCAAAUAGCACCCGCUAUCGUUUCAACCUGUCAGAUAUAAAACGGUGUCCAAACGGGUAUUCGUCAUUGAUAUUUAUCUGCGCCGGCGCAUGUUUUAAUGAGGAUUACUUGUAAGUUCGUGAUGAUAUUUCGUUCGUUCGUAUAAGUCAUUGUAAUUACUUUGCUCCGGUUUUAAGACGCCAAAUCGACUCUCCCCUCCCACUUUUUUGAGUAAAACUGGGUUUUGUUUUUGCCUGAUUAGACUACGAGCAGUCCUUCUUUUCGGCGAAGUCCAUCGCGCAUUAUUAAAAAAAAAAUCAGUCAAAAAAAAAGUGUUGUUAGCGCGCCGCGGUGAGCUCUUGGAGUGAGGCGCUCGAUAAUUAGGCUUUUUGAGUCGACUCACGCGACGGACUUUGCCGAAAAGGAGGGACUGCUCGUAGUCUUUGCCAGAUUGGCUGAGAAGAUAACAUCGUUGGUGUAACUGGUCUGUUGCGCCUGUGUGUAGACUCGCUAAAAAAGAGCUAAUGUAGGCUUGGAAGCUAGUGGAAAAUGUUAAGUUAGACUAUCCCCUCCAAUGAGCUUCCCUUGUUUCUUUAUCAGAACCUUAUACUGUGCCAAGGGAAACUAUGAGUUUGGGAUUUCCAGGAUAAUGAAGAGUUUGGAGCCAUAUAAUAAAAAGGUAUAUUACAAUUUCACAAAAGUAUUGAUUUGCCGGUGUACCCAGGGUAUUGUUGUUGUUGCUAUUAUUAUUAUUAUUAUUAUUAUUAUUAUUAUUAUUAUUAUUAUUAUAUUGGUUCUUUCAGGUGUGAAGUUUUCUUGUGUUUCUUUUUCACAGCUGGGAACAGAUACUUGGUUUUACGCUAAGAGAUGUUUCCUGUCGCUUCUGGAAAACCUGGUGAGAAAACUGGUACUUUUAUAUGUUGAAUCUGCAGGUUUUCGAUGCUUCAAUACAAAAGAAGUCUCUCAAGAGCUCUCCAUAUCGUCUUGAUUGUGCACUUUCUUUAUUUCAUGUCUUUUUUGUUUCUUCACAGGCCAAACAUAUGAUCAUGUUACGGGAUAGCGUGAUUCAGGAUAUUAUUCAGUUUCUGGAACACUGCGAAAGUAAGUUUCACUUCUGCAUGAGUUGAGUGUUGCGAACUGAAGUUCUUCAGUUGGAACCGACAUUGGACUGGACCUGGUUUUACAAGAACUACAAUGUGAUUUUUUAAAGUUUUUUUUUGUCACAGAUAAAGUAGUUUUCAAUUGACUGUCGUAAGUAAUCUGGGAUCGCUUUGGUUUUCUUUACUUCGCUCUGCGAUUGAUCUAGAAAACUCGCGUCACUCUCUCAAUCAGUUGUUAAUGGCAAUGUUAGCUGCUCUUUCUUACAUAGUUUCUGUACUUUUGGUAUCCAUAUGAAAGAAUAUUUAUGUUUUCCUAUGUUUCUCGUCACAGCUUAUGGCAAAAAUGUACCUGCAGUGGUCGAACAACCAUUAGAGGAAGAAAAAAUGCAUCCAGGAAAAAACACUGUUACAUUUGAGGCCAGAGAAUUAAAGAGCUUGUUCUUGCGUUUGAUUUAA